UUUUGAAUUUCUUUUUGAUGUGUCAUUUUUUUUGACAAACUAGUUUACUAAUUACGAACCAUAAAAUCAAAAUUUCAAAAGUGAAGUACUAUAAUUCGAAGCGACACAGUGCCAAAUUCUCUGGUUCGUUAAUGGCGCGAGGUGUAGCCUUACGCUGCUGCAAUGGAAGAAAGUCUUCGACUUUGCUCUACAGCUCAAUCGCUAGGGUUUCACUUUCCUUCUCCCCUAAAACCCUUCUCGCUUCCUAUCCUAUUCAACCCCGCCGCCAAAACUUCUCACGACUGUUCUGUAACCUCUCCUCUGUUCCAAACACCGUCGAUGAAAAGAAGUACAAAGAGGUUUUCAACAGAAGAAUGGCAAUGGCUGGACUCAAACCUCAUCACCGAAUUGCUUUGGGAGUUUCAGGUGGGCCUGAUAGUAUGGCGCUUUGUGUUCUGACUGCAAAAUGGAAAACUGAAGGGUUAAGUGGUGUUAACAAGACAGAUGGUUUCAUCGAUGGACUUGUUGCUGUGGUUGUGGAUCAUGGAUUACGACAAGAGAGUAGAGAUGAAGCUGAACUUGUCUGCUCCAGAGUUUCUGACAUAGGAAUCAGAUGUGAGAUUGCUCGUUGUGAUUGGGUGAAUGGUAGACCAAAGCAAGGUCAUUUACAAGAAGCAGCUCGUGAUAUGAGGUAUCAAAUGAUAUCGAAUGUUUGCUUUCGACAACAGAUUGGGGUCUUGCUUAUAGCUCAUCAUGCGGAUGACCAGGCUGAGUUAUUCAUUCUCAGGUUAUCUCGUGGUAGCGGCGUUCUUGGACUUGCGGGUACAUCAUUUGCAUCUGAGAUUUUCUCCCAGGAUUUGGAGUUAGACGUAAAACAUAUGAAGAACAGAUCUAUUCUCUUAGUUCGUCCGUUGCUUGAUUUAUGGAAAGAAGACAUGUACAAGAUAUGUCAAUGGGGUAGACAAGAUUGGGUUGAAGAUCCGACUAAUCUUAGUCAGUUGUAUGUUCGGAAUCGGAUUCGAACUUCAAUAGGAAAUAUACAGUCAGAUACUUUUAAGUCAGAGCUGCAAGCAGUUAUUUCUGAAUGUCGGAGAACACGUUCUUUUGUAGAUAAAGUUUGUACAGACUUAAUAAAUCAGACUGUAUCAGUGACAGAUAAAGGGUACGCUGUUCUUGAUCUAGAGAGACUAAACCCUACAGAAGUUAAAGACAUUUGUCUCUCAAAGUAUCUUACUACGGUCCUGCAGUUUAUCUCCCAAAGGCAGAGACCAAUCAGAGGAAACACCUUGAAGUUGCUUUUGAACUACAUCCGUGCAAUUCCAUGCAGGACAUCUCUUACAGCUGCUGGUUGUUACCUUAGUCCAGCUCCUGGUUCAAAGGGCACCGAAGUUAUAGUCUCUUUUUUUCUUGACAGUUCUUUACCGUCAAAGACAGAGAUCUUGAACAUUUGCUUCAAUGAAGCUCGGAAAAGACCGACAUCUGAUGACCUUGGACAGAUCAUAUCAUCUGCAAAAACUUUUUUAGAGCAGAACAGAGUAUCUGAUGUCCAGUUUUUGGAUGUUGCAUCUGAAUCCGUACUGAGUAAAGCCAGAGAGCUCAAUCUUUUAAGCGAAUCGACCUACACAACCAUCGGUCUACUGCAGAGAGAUGAAACCAAUCGGUUCAUAACUAAAAGAGAAGACAACAAACCGGUGGAUGAAUCAGAAGAUCAUGGAACCAACAUUGCAUCUUCCUCUAAUAAAGUCCAUCUUUUGCCAGGGAAAGAUCUUUACUUGAUGAACCGGUUUCUCAUCAGGUGGGACUUGAGUAGCCACCAAUGUGAUGAAGCACGUUGCGGUAAGUGCCCGGUGAGAACAGCUACAACAAUGGAGGUUCGGCACAUGGUUGAAUCUGACUGGCUCUAUCUAGCUGAGCUUUCAAGAUCUUUGAACAGAAAUCAUUCUACUUCGUCCUCACAUAAAGCUCUCAGGUCGUUAAAGUCUAUCCCUGCCGCUGCAAGAAGAAGCUUUCUUGUCUUGGUCGAUCACUGCGGACUACUGCUUAGCAUUCCCGCUAUUGGCUUCAGCUAUUGUCCAUGCUUGAAGGCAUCAACAGUGUUUCUGCCGAGAGUACCACUUGGAGGCGGCUUUAGCUCAUUUCUUUAAUCUCUUCUUACUUAGAAAUUCAGCCAUUUCGUUCCUCUUUUUGGUUUCUAAUUUUCUUGAUUUAGAUGGAAUGCAAACUUUAUUUGAAAACAAAUUACAUUUACAUGUAGUUUUAUUUGUAACCAGUUACAUUUUGCUCCUUUUUUGGUUUGUAAAAAUCCAACCAUUUAUUUCA